UCGGAACUUUUCUACAGGAGGACAGGCUGAUGUUUCCUGCUUCUCUUUUCACAGCAACUAACAACAGAAAACUCGAUAGGAGAGGAUCCCUAAAGUCUCCGGACAGAAACUAGACCCGGGAACAUGUUGGAUUAGUUCCGGUUCUGGAGUGUGUGGACCGGAUUCAGGGUCAGAAACAGAAAGAACCAAGAUGACGAGGAGGUUCUUCUCCUGGUUCUCAGUCUGAGGAGGAGGGUCUCUCCUGGUUCUCAGUCUGAGGAGGAGGGUCUCUCCUGGUUCUCAGUCUGAGGAGGAGGGUCUCUUCGCUCUGAUCCAACAUGGAGGAUCAGCCGAGCCUCCCCAACGUCAGCAUCCCGUGCCACGAUGAGCAGAGGGACAAGAAGAAGCGCUUCACGGUGUACAAAGUGAUCGUGAACGUGGGGCAGCAGGAGUGGUUCGUGUUCAGACGCUACGCUGAGUUUGAUAAACUCUACAACACAUUACGGAAACAGUUUCCUGCUAUGAACUUGAAAAUUCCCGCCAAGAGGAUUUUUGGGGACAAUUUUGAACCUGAGUUUAUAAAGCAGAGACGAGCCGGGCUGCACGAGUUCAUCGAGAGGAUCGUCUCUCAGCUCUGCAACCAGCCAGAUGUGAGGGAGUUUCUGCUGAUGGACAAAAUGCAGCACUUUUCUGACGCCUCGGAGGACGAAGACGACCGAAGCAACUCUACCUCCAGAAACAUUAACCUGGGACCCUCUGGAAACCCUCAAGCCAAGCCCACAGACUUUGACUUUCUGAAAGUCAUAGGAAAGGGGAGUUUUGGGAAGGUGUUCCUCGCUAAACGAAAGCACGACGAGAAGUUCUACGCAGUCAAAGUGUUACAGAAGAAGGUCAUCCUCAACAGGAAAGAGCAAAAGCACAUCAUGGCGGAGCGCAACGUGCUUCUGAAGAACGUGAAACAUCCCUUCCUGGUUGGACUUCAUUAUUCCUUCCAGACCGCGGACAAGCUCUACUUCGUGCUGGACUUUGUGAACGGAGGAGAACUGUUCUUCCAUCUCCAAAAGGAGAGAACUUUUCCAGAACCCAGAGCCAAAUUCUAUAUCUCAGAGAUGGCGAGCGCUCUGGGAUAUUUACACUCCCUCAACAUCGUGUACAGAGACUUGAAGCCAGAAAACAUCCUCCUCGACCAAGAGGGACACAUCGUCCUCACUGACUUUGGGCUGUGCAAGGAAGGCAUUUCUCAAACUGACACCACCACAACUUUCUGUGGGACACCUGAGUAUUUGGCUCCAGAGGUGCUGAGGAAGCAGCCGUACGACAACACGGUGGACUGGUGGUGUCUGGGAUCUGUUCUCUACGAGAUGCUCUUCGGACUGCCCCCCUUCUACAGCAGAGACACACACGAGAUGUACGACAACAUCCUGCACAAACCUCUGGUGAUGCGUGCGGGCGCCUCCAGCUGCGCCUGGUCUCUGCUGCAAGGCCUGCUGGAGAAAGAGGGUCUGCACCGCCUGGGCUCCAGAGACGACUUCAAUGAAAUUAAAGCUCACGACUUCUUCUCCUCCAUCAACUGGGACGACCUGGAGCAGAAGAAGAUCCCUCCUCCAUUUACGCCCAAUGUGAGUUCCUGCUGCGAUAUCUCAAACUUUGACCCCGAAUUUACGGACGAAUCGGUGCCAAACUCCAUCUGCUGGUCUCAGGAUCUUUCCAUUGUAAACGCCAGCGUGAUGGAGGCGGACGACGCCUUUGUUGGUUUCUCUUACGCACCGGCGUCCGAUGACUCUUUCCUCUAAAACGAUCUUUGUUUCGUUCGCCUUAACCGUCACAAUAACUCCUUUUGACUAAAGGGAAGAAGAGUUUAAACCACGGAUCAAUAACCUGUCCUCUGACGCCAAAGCAGCUGGAAAUAAACAGCACUUAAACAUGUGGGGUUGGAAAACAAAAUGUGCCAGAUGUGCUUUUUUAUAAAUUUGUAUUUAUAUAAUAUAACAGAUGAUAUUUUUAAAAGGACAUCCUCUAUUACUGUUAUAUUCCUGGUGGUUUCUAAAACUUUAUAAAGCCUUAAAUUGUCCCUUAAAUGAACACUUGAACAACUAACUGGACUUUAAAUCACACCAUUUGACAUGGAAAUGUGUUGGUCCAUGUAAUUACUGUAAAAAAGAAAUACACUCAUGUGUCUUAUUCAUUUUAACUACGCUGGAAAUAGGGAUUACUUGAGACCGCUGAAUAAUGCAUUUUUGGUUUAUAGGUCACAUUUGUAGAAACAUUUCUACUUCUGUUUGUCUUUAAAUAUUUAGUUUUUAUAUUGGGUUGUUUGUGUAUUCUAUUCUUUGCCUUAAUGCAUUUAUUCAUGAUUGCAGAAAUUAGAAAUCCACAAUGCUUUGCUAAGUAGGCCUAUAUUCCUGCACAUUAAUAAAAAAUAUAUAA